UUUGUCCAAUUCCCAUUUUUAUUUCUGUACUUGUUGCUUUGCAACUUUUUACUUUUAUUGCUUAAUAAUUUUUUAAAUUUAAUUUUAGAACAUUUUAACUGAUCUAGUUGAGGAAAUGCAGCGUCGUCAAUUGCCGUAUUUGGAUGUUCGAAGUGAUUUUUUGGUUUAUGUUACCAAUGUUCCAUCAUCUCUUACAGGCAAAGAACUUAAAAGUCGUAUCAACGCUCAGUAUGGGAUGGUGAAAUUUAUCGAAACGUUCGAGGCAUGGGCUCGCAGACGAAUUGGUUGUAUUGUUAUUGAAUUUACUACUUUUGAUGGAAGUGAUGCAUUUAUGCGUGCUGCAAUUGAGCGUCGGAUUCCAUAUCUGGGUGAUGUUGGUGUGCAGCAUGUUGGGAUUGUUGGCCGUCGACAUUUCUUUGAAUUAAUACACCGAGAUACUGACAUUGAUCUUCUUGACUGCAAUGGACAGCCUUUUGAUACGAACUGGGCAAAGUCUAAACGCGAAAGAGCUCAACGUUCAAAGCCAUAUAAUAAGCCAUUUAAUCGAGGACCGAAUCAGAAGACUGAUGGAAACAUUGGAACUAAAAUUGGAGGAGGACAGGGUGUUGUUGGCAAUGAGCAACCGCGAGUUAAUCGUCACAACAGUCCAUCUAGUGAUGAGAGUGUUGGUCCAUUUCCAAGUAGCAGUGGAGCUUUAAGAAAGUUGAUUAAAUUCUCAGUUUGGCAAUCAAAAACAACAGGACGAACUCAUAUCCUCACUUUUGAUUCGCCGGACAAGAAAGUUAGUAAAAUUGCUCCACGUGUGAAGACCGCUGGCAUUAUUUCAACAAAACGUUCUUUAAUUAAUGGAAGCAAAAUUGGUGGGGUGGACAAAAAGAAAUUUGACCAAAACCAAAUUAUCUCUGAGCGUCUAGACCGACUUCGUGCAAAAUAUGAUAAAGAAGCUUCUAACAAAAUUGUUGGCGAGCCUGGUGGUUGCUUUAUUCCUCUUGCUUCUAAAAGACGAAAUUCUGUUGUUCGCCCGAAAAAACCAUCUGCUGCUGUUUUGCCUAUGAAAAUGGGAUUUGAAGACUUGGAGGAUGGGGAGAUCCCAGACGAAGAGAAUUGUAUGGAAGACGGUGAACUUGGUGAAGAGCCGAUGGAUUUAUGCAGUGAUCAAGAUGAUGAAAAGAAGAUAUUGAUCAAACAAAAAAUCAAAGUUCUCCCAGUGAAGAGCCAUCCAAAAAUAAUAAUGACCAAAUCUUCAGUCAAAUCAACUACAAAGAAGGAUAUUAACAAAAUUAACAAAUUGCCGAAACAAUCUAAUGAAGAAAAGAAACCCAAAACUGAAGAUAAAUCACCAUUAAAACAGCAAAAGAAUUCGAAUGAUUCGGGCAAUUACAGUUGGGAGGAUGAUUGUUUAGACUUUGAUUUUCCGUUUGAAUUGGUGGAGGGGGAUUGCAGUCCUCCUCCUAAAAAGGCUACUGAUGUUACUAGCAAUUCUGCUUCGAUGGAUCUUGUAUCAAAUAAAAGCGAAAAUAAACCAAAAGAGAACAAUAAUUCAAGUGAUGAUGGUGCUAUUGACGAUGAUGAUGAUAUUUUGGAAGGAGAAUCAAUUGCGAGUGACAUUGAUGAGCGAUGUUUGGACGAUAAUUAUGGUGCAGAUCGUUCUCCAAGUGCCGGAUGUGGCAAAACUCUAAAAUCAGCAUCCAUCAACGAGCCAUCAAGCAAAUUUGCAAAAAUUGGUGGAAUUUCUGAUGGAGAAGGGACAACCACAAAAAUUGACAAUAUCCAACAACGAUGUUCAGCAACAACCACAGGCCUUGAACAUUCAAUUCUCCGAAUGUCAAUUGGACGGAAAGAAGAAACGUCGUGA